AUGAAAAGGAUUGAUUACAGUAAAGAUAUGCCUUUUAGACAUCUUAUGUCGUCCUCUUCCAAUAAUUUAUAUGACUUAUGUUUAGCACAAUCUCCAUUUUGUCAGUUACAGCCAAAUAAUGAACACAGUUAUUCACGAUCUUGGCUAGACGAUCCACAAUUAUCGAAUGCGUUACCUCGUGUAACUUUAUUUGAGAAUAUUGGUGAUGAAAAUACGAAAACAUUUUCAACGACCAGCGAAUGUGAACAGAUGUACAUUGAAAUUGAAGAUACUGGCUUAGAAGAUAAAAUCAAUUGGCCUCCUUCAGUUAACAUAACAAUCCCGGAAACGAUUCGAUGUCGAACCGUACCAAAUUCAAGUGAUGAGGGCGAUAAUUUGUAUGAAGCUGUUUAUUGGCGUUUGACUACUCAUCGUCUAGCAUCAAAACUAGUAUCAGCUAUUGUCAAAUGUCCAAAAAAUGAAAGAUUGAUUCAUUGGCUUCAUGAAUAUAUUUGUGACAAAUUUGAUCGAACAUUGAUUCCAGUAUAUGCCGAUUUAUUUCAAAUUUUAUAUUCUGAGGUACAACAACUUUAUCCCAGUCAUAGUAUCAUAUUUAUAGGCUGGAAUGUUGCCGCUGUUUUAUCGUUAAAAGCGGCAUUAAAUUGUGCAAUUUCAACUGUUAUUUGUUUAUCAUUACCAUUUAUGAGUAUCUCCGAACAAACAAAAAACGAUUUAUUGACCAUUAAAUCUUCGAUUCUUUUUGUGAAUGGUCAAUAUUCAAAAUGUGAAUCUCUUGAACAAUAUCGUACCCGUUUACAAGUUCGAAAUGGUUUCGUACUUGUAAAUGAAUGUAAUGAAAAAUUAUUAAUGUCUGAAAAUGGAAAAUAUCGUCUACGUUUAACACAACAAGUUAUUGACAAAUUAAUCAUGGAAGAAAUCUUACAUUUCAUUAUGAUAUCAUCGAAAUUUCCAAAUAGUGCUAGUCAUUGCGUUUCCCAAGAUCGAAACAAUAAUAAUCAUCCAAACAGAGAACAAGAAGUCAACACACAAUCCGUUCGAUUUACAGAAAGUGACCUAUUUGAUGCUAGAAAAGAUUCAGACCGUGAAACGAGAAACGAUUCUGGUUCAUUUGCUUUCGAAGAGGAAAAUGAUGAUUUCUUUCUAUACGUGGGUGAUUCAAAAGAUAAAUUAAAUAAUAGCAAUAUUACGUUGGCUAUAGCGCCUGAUCAAGAUCCAAAUAGUUUAUUUCUUAAUUCUUCGACAAUACCCCCCUAUUUUCCAUCUACAAAUUCAACAAAAUUAUUACAAACUACGACAGCAGCAGCAUCAAGAAAACGAAAAUAUAAUUUAAUCAAUUUACUUGACGCUGAUGAUGAACAACAACGGCAUGAAGAUGCUGAAGUAAUUGAAACUGAAUCAACAAAAAUGAUCUCUUCAGAAACAAUGUUAAAACGAUCACGUGGACGUCCACCGUUAAAUAAAUCUACAUUGAACGGAACUACUUCUACCUUCCAUAAACCGAUCACUACAAACGAUACUGAUGAUGGCGAUUGGAAUCCAGUAGUCGAAAAACGCUUAACGAAAUCAAAACGCAAAUUAACACCAUUGACUACAACAUCGCAACUAAAUCAAACACAACCAUUACCCAUUGCUCAACAACCCGUAGUGGCAAAAGCAAAACGUGUAUCAAAGCCAAAAAAAUCACCACGAAAAUCAGAUGCAUCAAGUGAAUUGAUUAAUUUGAUUCAUAGUAUGCAACAGCAAAAGUCAGUAUCAAAUAAUGGGACAAAAGUCCCGCUUGAUAUACUAUCAAGUUCAACGUACAAACAUACUAAUAAUAGUACUAUACCGGCAUCACCAACAAAAAAACAAGGAAGAGUUUUUACGAAUAACGCUCUUAGUCCAACGACUGGACGGAUUUUAAAAAUGACUCGUCAUUCGAAAAAUGCCACUGCUAACACUGUGUAUACGUAUCAUGAGAAGAAGAAAGAUUCUUCGUUUAGUGGUUAUGGUACAUUACAAUUGCGUUUAAGUAAAGACGCCAUUAAAGAAUUUGAUUGUUGUAAUUUAACAUUGCAACCAUGUCGAGAUCCUGUUAUCACACAAGAUGGUUAUUUAUAUGAUAAAGAAGCAAUAUUAGAGUAUAUUGUUCAUCAGAAAACGUUGAAUGCUCGAAAAUUAAAAGAAUAUCAAAAACAAUUAGAUAAGCAACAACAAGAUAUUGAUGAACAAAAUGCCGAUCUUUACCAGAUAAAAUUAAAUAAAUUUUUGGAAAGAGAAUCGACAUACUCUGUAAAUCAAUCAAUUAAAGCAUUAAUGGAACAAAAAGUAUCAUCAUCAACAUCUACUCCAUCAUCCGUCAUGUCAGCACCAACGUCAUCCAGUAGAAGUUCAACAUCAAGUAAAACACUGAGUAAUAUGGAAGGAAAUCAAGCCAGACAGUUACCAAGUUAUUGGGUACCAUCACUGACACCAGCAGCGAAAACGGAACAAUUAAAAAAACCCGAUAAUAAAGUAUACUGUCCAAUGUCCGGUAAACCCAUUGCAAUGAAAGAUUUAAUACCAGUCAAACUAAAAUUGGCCAACGACGUUGAUCCAAGUAAAAAAUCAUUGGUUGCCUACCGAGAUCGGUAUGUUUGUGCAGUAACUGGAGAUGUGUUAGGUAAUUCGGUACCAUGUGCUGUUCUACGAACAUCGGGCAGCGUAGUUACAAUGGACUGUAUUAAUAAACUAAUCAAAAAAGAUAUGCUUGAUCCAAUAAAUGGGUCUCGUUUGACAGAAAGAGAUAUUAUCUUAUUACAAGGUGGUACAGGUUAUUCUGCUAGUGGAGCCCAACUUGAUGCAAAAUUGCCGGGACCUGCGAUGCAAUAG